AUGAUCAACUUCAACAAAAUAUCAUUGUUGUUCCCAUUGGUAUUGACCAUUCUUACAACUAUAUUCUCAGCUUUAACUCUAUUUCAAAACAAAAAUGAUUCAUAUCUGAAUAUUGAUUUAUCAAACGUUAAAUUGGAUUACGUAUACUCAUUCUCAAAUAGUGCUAAUAAUGAUACAUUAACUUUAUGGCAAAACACCACUUUAGCUGAAAGCUAUUCAUUUGGUCUUUGGGGUUACUGCCCUAAUGAAGACUCUGAUAGAUUCAUCAUGAAUAAUUAUUGUUCACCUGCAAAGCUAAAUUUUUAUCCAAAUAUCAAAGAAUUACUUGCUAAUCACGCGAUUAUACAAGGUGGUCAAUAUUUCACUGCUAAGUCAACACCUGCUUUAGAUGGUCAUUAUCCAAAAUCAAUCAAUCAUCAAGCUACCAAUGGGAUCUUGGCUAGUUUUAUUCUUUCAUCAAUUGAGUUUUUCGCUAUACUGAUUGGUCUGAUCACAAUUUCUUUCAUUUUAAAAUUCAGAGGUACAUAUUUGAGAAUUAUUAUAUUGUCAAUAAUCACUAUCAUAAGUCUUGCACAAUGGAUAUCUAUUACAAUUGGAAUGGCUGCUUUCAAAAAACUAUCCAGUUCAAUGUUGAGCUUAUUAAAAAAUAGUUAUGAUGUUUUAGGAAUUAAAGGUACAGAAUUAAAUAGCCCAGUUUUCAGAUAUGGUUGGGUUUCAUUAGCUUUGGGACUUGUGAAUUUGUUAUAUCUUGUUAGUUAUUUAACUUUGGAAAUUUUGGAAUUGUCAAAAUUGAAUCCAACAAAAGAAGCUUCAAAAGAAGAAGUGGAUAAUGAAAAUAAUGAAGAACAUAAUUCAAGUUUAAAUUCCACCAAGGCAUCUUUAGCUUAA